AUGGCCGAAGGUAGGCAGUCUUUGUGCAAUCUUACGCCAGUUCCGCGUAAUUUCCGGCUGCUCGAGGAGCUUGAAAAGGGGGAAAAGGGGCUUGGCAAUGGCUCGUGCUCGUACGGUCUCGACGACAAUGGCGAUAUGCUCAUGUCGUCAUGGAACGCCACAAUCCUCGGCCCUAGUAACUCGGUCCACCAAAACCGGAUCUACUCGUUGCGCAUGAUAUGUGGCAAAGAGUACCCCAAUAAGCCGCCGGAACUGUGGUUCAUGACAAGGAUCAACCUGCCCUGUGUGCACCAAGGCGACGGCAGGGUGGAUCCCGCACACUUUGCGCCAUUAUCCCGCUGGCGGCGCGAGUACACGCUCGAGAGUUUGCUGUCUGAGCUGCGCAGAGAGAUGAGUCUACCGGCAAACCGCAAGCUGCCGCAGCCAGAAGAGGGGUCGAUGUAUACAUAG